AUGAGUAACACAAUUGUGCAAGAUAAAAUCAAUACAGUGCAAGGAUCCUUCAAAAUAAUCUCAGGAGCAACGUACACAUCAGGAUUACAAGAUCCAGCCUCAUCGGACUUCAAAUUACUGGCUUUUGAUGUCCAGAAAAUGAUCAAUGAAAUCUUUCACGCUAGUCAGCUGAAGCUUGAGUAUAGAACGUCGGAAAUUCUGGCAUUCCGAAAUGGAAGUGUGAUCGUGGUUUUCAAUGCGCUCUUCGGUCAGGUUUUAGCUAGUGAAAAGAUUCAGACUGAAUUGAGAACCGGAAUUGAGAAUAAUUAUUCUAAUCUUACGAAGCAGUUUGAAAUAGAUGUCCAAAGUGUAUUCAUUGCAGCCCCAUGUCCACCCAAUGAGAAGCUGUGCGGUGAUACUGUUACAUGUAUACAACAAUCCCUGUUUUGUGAUGGGAUACCGAACUGUCCAGAUGGCUCUGAUGAAUCUACCAAAACAUGCGCCUCACGCUGUGAUGGCCAGUUUCUAUUAACUAGGGACUCUGGAGAAUUUCAGUCUCAAAAUUAUCCAGAAAAUUAUACACCAGACUUAUUUUGUCGCUGGAUAAUAAGUGUCAAGGAUGGUUUCAACAUCUAUAUGAAAUUUUUGUCUUAUGAUACUGAAAAUUACGUGGAUGUGAUAAGCUUUUAUGAAGGUAUUGGACCAAGCAAAGUUUUGAGAGGUACGAUUUACUCCACAAAUCCUGGGAUAAUUCGGAUUUUUUCUAAUCAAGCAACAAUAGAGUUUGUAACUGAUUCCAUGUCAUAUGGCCGGCCAGGCUUUAAAGCUUUCUACACAUCUUUUACCAACAGCAGUAUACCUAAUGAAGAGAGAAUAAACUGCACUUUUGAAGAUGGAUUUUGCUUCUGGAUUCAAACUAUAACAAUUGAUCAAGAGUGGAUAGAAUGGAUAAGAUACAGUGGCCCGAGUUCUCCUCCAACAUCUGGUCCUGAUGUUGACCAUACAUUUGGAAAUGAAUCUGGUUUUUAUAUAACAACUCCACGAAUGCCUGGAUUUGAUACAAGAAUUCGCCUUUCAAGUCUACCUUUAAUCCCAGCCUCAGAACCACUGUGUCUUAGUUUUUGGUACUUCAUGUAUGGAGCCAAUGUUUUCCGUUUAAAUGUUCUAAAAGUUUUUGGAAAUGGCUAUGAACAAGUUAUUUUCUCUAAAGAAGGGAACUACGGCAAGAACUGGAAUCCUGGCCAGAUCACACUAAAUGAAACUUCUGAAAUAGCGGUGGCAUUCGACGCCAUUACAAAUGGACGUCUCAGUGAAAUUGCAUUGGAUGACCUAAAAUUAUCUAGUGGAAAAUGCAAUGAAAGCAGCUUUCCUGAACCAACACGUUUUCCUACUCCAGCUAUCACGACCGUUAUUCCGUUUGAUUGUGGUGACCCUGUUGAACUAUCGGGAACCAAUGGCACCUUUAGCUCUCCAAUGUACCCUCAAAACUACCCCAACCUUGCUUCAUGUAUAUGGUAUCUGAAUGCAGCUGCGGGAGACAAUAUCCAGCUGCAUUUUGAAGUGUUUGAUCUGGAGAACAUAUAUGAUGUUGUUGAAGUUCGAGAUGGCAAAGGAUCAGAUUCAUUGUUGCUGGCUGUUUAUACAGGAGCUAUUGUGUUGCCUGAUGUCUUCUCCACAACCAAUCAGAUGACAGUUUAUUUCACAUCAGAUUCAUCUGCAACAGCAAAGGGAUUUCUGGCCAACUUUACCACUGGUUACCGACUAGGCAUGCCAGCUCCUUGUGAGUCAACAUCAUCCCAGUGCAACAAUGGAGAGUGCAUCUCACUGAGGAAUGUCUGUGACAGGCACAAUGACUGUACUGAUGGGUCUGAUGAAAAGAACUGUGUGCGUAUUGCCAACAGCAGCUUAAGUGGCUUAGUUGAGUUCAAAGUUGACAACCAAUGGUAUACAGCAUGUUCCAAUCUCUGGAAUGAAGAGAUUUCCAAUAACAUUUGUCAUCAGUUGGGUUUAGGAAAUGUGAAAAGAACAUCAUCUGUGCUGUCAAACUGGACUGGGCCAUUUGCGAUGCUAACUCAAGCUGGUGAUGGUACUCUAGGGCUUCAGCUAAGCAAUCAGUGUGCCAAUCAGAGUGUUAUUUAUAUUGAAUGCAACCCAAGAGAAUGUGGGAAGAGAGCCUUGGCCAGUUCAAGAAUAGUUGGCGGGACAGAUGCUGCAGUAGGUGCAUGGCCUUGGAUUGCCGCUCUUUAUUACAAUGAAAGACAAGUAUGUGGAGCAUCUCUGGUGAACAAUGAGUGGUUGGUGUCAGCAGCUCACUGCGCCUAUGGAAGGAACUUAAUACCGUCCAAAUGGAAAGCCAUUCUAGGAAUGCAUAACAGUUUUAACCUCACAUACCCGCAAACGGAGACCAGAUUGAUUGACCAGAUCAUCAUAAAUCCACAUUACAACAGGCGCACCAAAGACAGCGACAUAGUCAUGAUGCAUCUAGAGCUUAAAGUUAAUUAUACAGAUUACAUACAGCCGGUGUGUUUGCCGGAGAGCCUGAGUAAUUUUCCAUCUGGGCUGAACUGUUCCAUUGCUGGGUGGGGAAGAACCCAAAGUCAAGGUCCUAUUCCUAAUAUAUUGCAAGAAGCUGUGGUACCUCUGAUAACCAAAAGCAAAUGCCAGCAGCAAAUGCCUGAGUAUAAUAUAACCAACAGUAUGGUCUGUGCUGGAUAUAAUGAAGGAGGGAUCGACACAUGUCAGGGAGACUCUGGCGGCCCACUGAUGUGUCAUCAGGAAAAUCGUUGGUACCUGGUGGGAGCGACUUCAUUUGGAUAUGGAUGUGCACAGCCCGAAAGACCUGGAGUUUAUGCACGAGUGACAACAUUUACAGAAUGGAUUCAAAGCUUUCUGAUUUAG